AUGAAGGUUCUAUUUGUCAUCGCUUUGGUCACGUUGAAUUCUUUGGUUUUGGCUGGAACUAACUGCGAUGUUAACACUUUGCCAAAAAGUUGGGCGACAGUUCAAGCGAAAAAUGUGUUCUUCAAUGCUUGGCAGCCGAAUAAUUACAUCGGAAUGCCAAGUUUCUGUGUUUUGAAUGAUUUCUUUUCAAGAUCUUUGAAUUAUUGGUCACAUGUUAAGUUGGAUUCUGCCAAUUCUACAGUUCAACAGGAUUCUGCGAAUGCGACAGAUCUUAGCAAAGAUCAAAUUAAUUGUGGAAGUGGAAAUUCGCAAGUUGUUUGGUGCAGAUCUCAUUGUCAAGACAAACAUUUGGAAUCGUUGAUUAUUCAAAGCGCAAUUGUUAAUGGAAGUCUUCCACUUGCUGUUUCACAACAAGUUUUUCAACAAUUGGAUAGUCCAACAGAUUUAACUAUUGCUGCACUUCACGUAAGUUUAUUUUUAAAAAUGCAUAAGUUUUUAAAAUUUCAUAAUUUUUUAGAUUGAUCAAAACACAUUGGACAUUCACGUUGAUUAUGACUACUAUGAUGAUAAGAAUUUCUGUUCAGUCUUCCUAAAAGUCAAAAAAUCAACUCAACUUCCAUAUGCUUUGCUUCUCACAGCACAAAGAGUUAUUUAA